AAUUCUAGCAAACUGGCCCUCGACUCUCUGCAUAUUAGCCAAUCCUGUCUUCCUCGUUUAAUGACCCACAGUGAUCUCCAUUUGUAAUUCUCGUACUCACGCUUACACUAGUGAUCAUGGCUUCCAAACUUUUUCCAUCUCUUGCUGCCCCUGUUUUUGCUGCUAUGCUGUUCAUUUUUUUCUUGAAGAGAAGAUCGAGGGAGAUCAAUGGAGGGGGUGCAAAUAACAAUGCAGCUGCAAACGAUGAAACAGCAGGAGGCGCUUCUUCUUCUCGCACUUCAACAGAAGGUCGUCAAGGAAUGGCUACUUCAUCAGGAUAUGACUAUGAAGUAUUCUUAAGCUUCAAUGGAUCAGAUACUCGAGCAGGUUUUACCGACUUCCUUUACACUAGUCUUGAUAAUGCGGGAAUCCGCACAUUUAAGGACGACAAAGAGCUCGGCGUCGGGGAGGAAUUUGCCCCAGAACUUCUCCAAGCAAUUAAUCAGUCGAGGAUCUCAAUACCUAUCUUUUCGAAAGGCUAUGCCUCUAGCGUAUGGUGUCUCAAGGAGCUAGUCCAGAUGGUCGAGUGCCAGAAAACUGGAAGACAAAAGAUCAUCCCUAUUUUUUAUGAUGUGGCGCCUUCAGAGGUUCGGCACCAAACAGAGGGUUAUGCAAAGGCCUUUCUUGCACAUGAAAACAAGAAGCGACACGACGAAAAGACUAUUCAAGGGUGGAAGGAUGCUCUCAGUGCAGUGGGAGCAAUAAACGGAUGGGACCUGCAUAGCAAGAAGGAGAACAGGCGAGAAGGAGAGUUCGCAAAAGAACUUACCCAUAAGGUUUUCAGCGAGUUGAAAAAGGGUUAUCUAGCGGUAUCAGACUACUUGGUCCGUGUCGACAACCAUGUGGACGCAAUCAUGGAAAAGAUAGGUGCUGAGACAAGUGAAACACGGAUUAUAGGAAUCCACGGGAUGGGUGGCAUCGGAAAGACGACUAUUGCCAAAAUCAUCUACAAUAAGCUUAAAAAAAAUUUCGAGGGCUUUACCCAAAAAAAAAAAAAAAAAUUCGAUGGUUGUUGCUUCCUUUCUAACGUCCGUGAAACCUCAAAACUCGAGGGCAUUCACCGCUUGCAGCAUCAGCUCAUCUCUGACAUCCUCAACAUGAAAUGCAUGGAUAUAAGAAAUAUUGAUGAAGGGAUUAAGACCAUUAAAGACAGGUUGUCUAAUAAAAGAGUCCUCCUUCUUCUCGAUGAUGUGGCAGAAAAGGAUCAUAUGGAUGCACUUGUAGGAAAUGGUGAUUGGUUUGGUGAAGGGAGCAAACUCAUUAUUACUACAAGAAAGAAAGAUGUUCUCAUUGUUCCGGAAGUGGACUGCACUUAUGAGGUUAAUGGCAUGGAUGACUGUCAAUCUCUUCAACUCUUUAGCAAACAUGCUUUCAGAAGAGACUCUCCUUUGAUUGAGUAUAUUGACCAAUCCAAGAGGGCAAUAGGCAUUGCUAGAGGUCUUCCGCUAGCUCUUGAGGUCAUAGGUUCACUUUUAUCUCGCACUGAAAAGAAAAGCUGGGAUGACAUAUUGGAGAAGUUGGAAAAGGUUCCUCAUGUGGAUGUUCAGAGUAAGCUAAAAAUAAGUUAUGAUGCAUUAGAACUUGGACAACAACAUAUAUUCCUCGAUAUAGCUUGUUUUUUCAUUGGACAUGACAAAGACAUUGUGGUCCAUUUCUGGGAAAAAUCUAAAUUUUUUCCAAAAGUAGAUAUGGAAGUUCUGCAGAACAUGUCUUUGAUAAAGAUUGGAGAGUAUAAUAAAGUGUUGAUGCAUGACCAACUCAGAGAUUUCGGAAGAGAAAUGGCUCGUCAAGAAAGUAAGAUGAAAAUAGAGGAGCAAAGGAGGGUAUGGGAUCCCAAGGAAGCAUUGGAUUUGCUGAGGAGACGUAAGGGAAAAACAAAAGUUGAAGCUCUUCAUCUACACUUUGACCAUGAGCGGCAGUACCGUUUUACCCGUAAAGAUUUUAAGAGAAUAUCAAAUGUGGGGUUUCUUCGAGUUAACGGUUCGGAGGAACAUUUUUGUGUUGAAGAGAGGCUUCUUUGGCACGAAUCACCAUCAAAUGUUCUUCCGGCUAAUGUUUUUCGGGAGAAUUCGUAUCUCCUUCCGCAUUUACGAUGGCUUUCUUGGCACGGUAUUCCCCCAACAUUUAACAUUGCAAAUUUCUCCAUGGAGAAUGUGGUUAUUCUUGAUCUAUCUGACAGUGAAAUUACGGAUGAUUGGAAGGGGUGGAGCCAUAUGGAGGUGAUGAAGAAUUUGAAAAUUUUGAAUUUGACCGGAUGCGAUUGCUUGGAGAGAACUCCCAUCUUCUCUGCUGAGGUAAAUUUAGAACGAUUGAUCCUAAAGGGCUGUAAAUCAUUAACUGAUAUUGAUAGGUCGAUUUGUCAUUUGAAAAGCCUAGUUUCCUUAGAUGUAAGCUCUUGUAACAAUCUUCGGAGGCUGCCAGACGAGCUAGGUAGAGAUCUUGCGAGCCUUGAAUACCUAUAUCUGAAACGUUGCACAUGGUUCGAGAGGCUUCCAGAUACAAUCGAAAAUUUGGAAUCGCUGAUUGAGCUGGAUAUAUCCGAAACGAGGAUCAAAGAACUACCCGAUUCCAUCGGAAAUUUGGAAUCACUGAUUGAGCUGGAUAUAACCCUAACGAAGAUCAAAGAACUACCCGAUUCCAUCGGAAAGUUGAAAAAUUUGAAAGUAGCGAAGAUGGAUUUGAAUGACAUAAGUAAAAUACCCGAUGCCUUCUGGACAAUUGAGAAGCUCGAAGAAAUAGAUGUCCGAUGUACAGAGGAUUUCAAUGUGGAAGUGGAAAUUGGCAAUUGCAUCUAUAGAAAUCGAUCCCUAAGGAUCUUGAAAUUACGGAAUGCUGCAAUAUACGUGGUACCGAGGCUUCCUGAAAGUCUUAUCAUUCUAAAGUUGUCUGACUUGUAUAUGGAUACGUUUCCAGAUCUCUCAAACCUGACUAAUUUAAAGGUAUUGAAGCUGCGGCUUAGCGAACAUGAUGCUGGUUGGGAAUCUGAUGGGCCUGUGCAAGAAUAUCCGAUGCCAGGGGGGAUUGGGAAUUUAAGCAAACUGGAGACUCUGGAGCUAUACUCUUAUCGUGUGACCCACUUACCCACGGGUAUUAGUAGUCUCCUUCCUCGACUCCAAAGACUUAAACUCCUGUGCCCUAAUCUGCGUUGCCUCCCGAGCCUUCCCUCCAGUUUAUUAUCCUUGGAAUUGAGGUCUGAACACAUGACCGCCUUACCCAUAGAUAUCGGUCUCCUUCCGCGACUCCAAAGACUUGAACUCCAGUGCCCUAAUCUGCGUUGCCUCCCAAGCCUUCCCUCCAGUUUAUUAUUCUUGGAUUUGGGCUCUAAACACAUGACCACCUUACCCACAGAUUGUUGGAGUCUCCUUCCCCGACUCCAAACACUUCAACUCUCCUGCCAUAAUCUGUGUUGCCGCCUGAGCCUUCCCUCCAGUUUAUCAUACUUAAGUUUGUCAGGUUGCAAGUCAUUUGUUUUCCCCGGGGAUCUAUCGAAUUUGACGAACCUAUCAGAUCUUUGGAUUACUGACUGUGUAAUCUCAGAGAUUCGAGGCCUUGAUGGUUCGGAGAACCUAGAUUUGCAGCUUUCGGAACUUCAACAGGUGUGGGUAUUACCUGAUCUAAGUAAUCUCAACCAACUACGGAUUCUUCAUCUGUGGAACUGCAGUAAUCUGGAUGAGAUUCAAGGCGAACUACCACAAUGUUUGGAAGAAUUGACUAUUCAUGACUGUGGAUCUUUACGGAAGUUGCCUGAUCUAUCAAGCUUGAAGGGACUGCGAUCUGUUGAUAUAAACGGUUGCGGGAAAUUAAAUGUGGAGGCAAUUUCUUUGCUUUGCUGGAAGAAGGCAAUCAAAUUUCGGGGAUACUGAGAUGCAUCAGAGGUACAAGAUGACGAAUCUGGAUACGAAUUUGAAUAUGGAUUUGAGGGAGAAGACUGACAGAUAAGUGCACGUUGCUCUUGAAAGCUUCUUGAUCGCCGGCCACAAAUUGUUCCCUCGCGUGCAAACUUUAAACAAAUUGAGUUUAUUUUCCAGGAAAGAUGUGCUUCUUAGUGGGAUUUGCAAAUAUUAUGGAGAAGUCAUAAAAUGAAGAAA